AUGCAAUGCUCUUAUGACACAAGAGGCAACAGUGUCCCAACUAUUCUCUUAUUAAUGCAAGAAACAUUAUACAUGCAAAGUGGUCUAAAGGCCGAAGGUAUUUUUCGGAUAAAUCCAGAGAAUAGUCAAGAGGAGCAUGUUAGGGACCAACUCAACAGAGGAAAUGUGCCUGACAACAUUGAUGUCCAUAUUUUGGCUGGUCUGAUCAAAGCCUGGUUCCGAGAACUCCCGUCUGGUGUGCUUGAUGGGCUUUCUCCAGAACAAGUGUUACAAUGCAAUACGGAAGAGGACUCUGUUGAGCUCGUAAAACAACUGAAACCGACUGAGAGUGCAUUGCUCAACUGGGCUAUUGAUCUCAUGGCUGAUGUAGUUGAACAAGAGGAAUCCAACAAAAUGAAUGCUAGAAAUAUUGCUAUGGUUUUUUCCCCGAAUAUGACUCAGGUCAACGGGACAUAA